GCGGAGCCAGUUGAGAUAACGGACCUGAAAUCCUAAAUUGUUAACGGGCGCGUCCAUCGAUAAUAAUGUAAAUUAGUGUCGGAAACACGAUGUAAAUAUCCAUGUACGACACAAGCAAAAAGGGAACUUGAGGCCACCAAGAUGGAAACACACUGAAUCUCCUCUGAUGUGUGCCUGCUCUCAGUGAGAUGUCUCUGGCUCAGAGGGUGUUGCUGACCUGGGUCUUUACCCUGGUUUUCCUCAUCAUGCUGGUGCUCAAACUGGAUGGAAAGGUGCAGUGGAACUGGUUCCUCAUCUUCCUCCCAGUCUGGGUCUUUGAUGGCAUCCUCAUCCUCAUGCUCGCCAUCAAGAUGGCUGGCCGUUGCAAGCCCGGGUACGACCCACGAAACGGCUCUCCGGACCUGCGUCUGCGAUCCUGGUACCUGACUGCCAUGCUGCUUAAGGUGGGCUUCUGCCUGACACUGUGCGCCAAGCUGGAAAAACUGGCCGAUGUCAAGCUGACCUUCGUGUGCAUACCGCUGUGGACCAUGCUGCUGGGGGCUCUGGUGGAACUGGGGCUGAAUAUAUUUCCUGAAAGGAGAGAAGCUUGAGCCCUUCAAAACACCUUAUCUCGAGCUAUAACCAUUAACAGAUACGAAAAUGUGUUUUUGGAAUGGUUUGUGUUCAUCCACUCAUCCGCUAUUUCCAGAAGAGACUUGAAACUUAAAAAGAUUAACAGCUUAUUAUUUUAAGGAAAUAGACCUCUCAACAGAGCUGGGACUCUGCUGACCAGUCCACUAAAGAGCUACUUUUAUUGUUUUCUUCUUUAUAACAAAGUAUCCGUACGUUUGAGAUUACUGUGAAUCCAACACUGGAAAAAAAACAAUGCGUACGCUUAGAAUUGAAUACCUGAUUUGCAAGUGGUGUUUUUAGUGUUUGAUUUGUCUGAGAUAUAUGUUUAAGUGAUUGAUAUAACACGUGUUAUAUAAAAACUAAAAAUGCAGAGUAUUGUUAUAAAUGCACUAUAGCUUGUGCAGCUGCAGUCAUGCACGCUUUUUAACUUUUCUUCCAUUACGGAUGAGGGUUCUCAACCAAGUGUUAAUUCACCAGUUUUAAAUAAAUCUGAAAUGACACCUUUAGCCGCAAGCACGGCUUGAAGAGGUUCACAAAACCACUUAAGAAGGUUUUAAUGCUUUCAUUUCCAGUAACUGCUCCCUCAGCCUCGUACAAGCCCCCCUUUUGUGCGGUGCAACUCACCGUGUGGCUCGUUAGAAGCUCUAAUUUAGUGUCUGUGGGUCAGCGUGACGUCUGUUCUGCUGACGUUCAGAGCCAAACACAGAUGGGUAUUAUAAGCAGUGCUGAGCUAACCGUGACACUUUCCAGCAGUAGUCUUGGUCACGUUUAGUUAAACUGACUAACUUAUUCAAAGUUUACAGGGCGGCUGAUUCUUUACAACUAUAUUUUGUGCCAAUAAUUACAGUAUUCUUUUUUUCCCAUUACUUUGCACUUUAUUGAAACUAAAACCAACAUGUUGUGGGGCUGUAUGCAGGUGUUGCUAUAAUAAAGACCAACUUCACUAAAGUUACUUUGUUUGGAGUUUGCUUUUGCCUCUUUGGGUGACUCGAACAUGAAGAAUCAAAUCAUCCUCUUAUCUACAGAGGAUCGGUGUCUUUCAAUUCAACACACGUCAAUGCAGCUUUCUACACUUGUGUUUCCCUGCUGGUGCCUCUGCUCUGUAUAGCAGAGUGGUCAGUGUCAAACAGCUGGCAGCAUUCAGCGGAUCCUGCUGCUGAAUGCAAUAGCAUUAAUACAGACAAAAAAAAAAAGGCAUUGAAACCAGAAAAUUUUUCCACCAAUAACAGUCGAAUCUGAGCCAAACAUAUUUUUACACUGAACCUUUUAUUAGCUAGGCUCAUAUUUAAAGUAGAAACCACACUACAAGUUUUCUCCUCUUUACAAAACUUCUUAUGUACACUACAGUGCAGACAGUAAUACCAACUAAAAUGAAAAACAAACUAAAGUUGAGAUAAAUAAACUCUGCGAAAACAACGCUGGUCCCUGAGGACGUCCUUGUUUUCAUCCAUAACUUCUGUCACAUUUGUACAAAAAAUAUAUAAGUUCCUGUCAUGUUUCUGUAACAUCAAAAACCCCAAAGCAUAGAAAGAGCUGCAGAGCGCCUUACAACUGGUAUUAAGUGCUUGGUUAUCUCCUCUGUCUCCCCAGAGCCACGCAGAGACCAGUUCUAUCAACGUCCUUUGAGGCAGAGAGAGCUAAGGCGUUAUCUUUCAUUUUCCAGGAUUUUGCAGGCCUUCGGUGCAAAUAACCAAGGAAAACACAACUCUAAUUUUCAGAUAUCAUUCUUCUGAGUCAUCCAAGUGUAAACCGCAGAUUUUUGGAGGCUUUUCAGCAGUUUUUGAGACCAAUUUAAGGCUUUGCACUCCUUUUCCAGAGUGAACUUGCACAGGCGACUCCUGAAAAGGACAGAGCUCGAGCCCUGCGUGUCUCUGGAACGUCGAGUAGUUCACAGUAAAGGACAGGCACUGGGGAAAUGUCGCGGGCUACAUUAGCAAGUGGGCUGUACUCCAAUAUUGAGAGUAAAAAUCAAGACACUGACGACGAAAGGUUCCACUACUGUGGGACAUGCAGGCUGACUCUUAACGUCAGAUACUUGGAGAAUCAUACACUCGUCAUAAUUACAAAGGACCGUCAAUAAUUUAUUGUACUUUCAAACAUAAGAGGUUACUUCAGUCCCUGGUUGAUAAAUAAAUAUUUCAUAGACAGAAUGUUGAACACCGUAGAGAGACUGGACUUCUGGUAAAUAGAUAAAUAGUGCUUUGGGAAUGAGCUCUCAACAGUGUACCAUCUGUUUUCAAAGUGUCUUAAAUAUGAGUUUUAAAAGAAAAAACACAAAAAAUGAAGAACUAGAGGCCUGACUUAAUUUUUAGUCUUGGAAGAACCUGAAAUAACCCUGUCGAUAAUCGGACAUAAUCCGUGAUCCAAGGUGUCUAAUAAUGAUAAUAAUGAUAAUAAUAAUAUCAAUAAUAUUUACACUGAUGUUGAUAUAGACAUUAAAAAGUGCUGUAAAGAGUCACAUUUUGGAAGUGUUGACCUAAAGCAUAUCUAUAUUGCUCUUUGACUUCUGGUACUUCUGUCCAAAUCUUCAGAUGACUCUAUAAGUAGCUGCAUAUUUGUUCAAAUUCAGCUGCAGAAAGUCGAGAAUUUGUGGCAACGACUACCCGAAACUUCAAACUGUGCCGUAAAAACAACCGAGUGAGGAUUUUUAGAGGAGACAAAUACGUUUGUGGAUGCGUCCUGAAUGCUUUUCCUGAGACUCAGUUGGGUCAAAUUCCAGAUAAUGCCACUAGAAGAGCUCUGACUGGUUCCGAAGGAAAACUGAACUCUGGUUAGUUUACCUGCCUGACUAAAAAGAUUUUGUCUGUAUGAACGAGUCUAUUUUAGUGAUUGACUUUUGAUUUGGGGUCUCCUUUUCUUUGGUAGAACUGAAAUACUGCUAAAACGUUCUUAUUUGCCAAUAAAAUUCUGGAACUGAUUGGGAAAGCCAUAUCUUUUGGUGACAUUUGUCUCUUUAAAAAUCUGAAGAAAAAAACAGUGAAACGCAACAAAGUUUUAGAUUCAGCAGGUUACUGCUGAGCAUUAUUGCUCUAAAUACAUUAUGAGGGAGAGUCCUGCCAUAUUCUAUUCUGAUCAAUAUGUGGAUGCAAAAUACAGCAGGGGAAAUGUGACCUCUUAUCAAUACAUGGCUACAGUGAAUAGUAGUGCCUGGCACAUCUUAGUUCCAGAAAAAGAAAAACCUUAAAAAUGGAAGCAUUUGCCGUGAGUUUCAGGGGAAAAAAACAGCUAAACACAACCAUACAGCAGUUUGCAGACCAGGGACCUCAUUCGAACCACAAACCUCAGUCUUUAUCUAAAAUCCCAAAACAAUCGACAAUCACUAGUCAAAUCUAAUAGUUCUGCCCUCGUGAUAUCAAUAGAGGCAGCUCGAUCCAGUCCGUUCCAAAUAUUUUGUCUUCUUUUUACACCGUUUUACGACAACACAACCCAAAUAAAACCUUGUACAUAUACAGUCAUUUAAAAUCAAAAUCAGUAUGUACAAAACUACUAUAAAAUCUGUUUCUGCUCCUCUUCAUGCCUUGCGGGAGCGGAAAAGAUAGCAGGAGAGGUUUGGGGGAGAGGAGGGGGAGGAAGAGGGGGAGGAGGG